AUGGCGCUCGUGUUCGUACUUGCGUUGUCGAUCGCGGUGUUUGCCGGUAGACGGAUAGCGAGUCGGCAUGAAGCGAGGAUACGGAAAGAGGCCGCCUUUCCUGCCUCGGAUCUACCCGCCGUACGAUCAACAAGCGGUUCGACUGAAAGCAACGGCCAAUUCAGCGCGGAUCGCGGAGGCGGUGCUAGCAAUGGUGUGGGCAGCGGAAGCAGCAGUGAAGCUUCUGCUGCUGGUGCUGCUGCUGCUCAAGGUCGUGGGACUGAAUCAGGUGCUGCUAACGAGGUCGUUUCUAACGAAGAUGCAGCUGAGGCUGGUGCUAAAGAUGAAGAGCCUCCUCUUGACAUCGACAAAUACCUCUUGGAGGAAGCGAGGAAGCUUAUGGAGGGGAUGGAGCAGCAGCAGCAGCAGCAGCAGCAAGAGUCAGAGGAGGAGACAGAUGCUGAUCAGAGGGCAGAGAGAGCACGGCUGAUGGAUGGAGGUGCUGUUGCUGGGGAAAGAGAUGGAAGCAGUGCCGCUGAUAGGCUCGGUGCUGCUGCUUCUGGUGAAAGAGACGCUGCUGCUGCUGGUGCCAGUGGUAGCAACGCGAGUGGUAACCAUGGCAGUGGUAACCACGUGGUUCCUGCCACUGGUGGCGAUGAGGACACUGCCAAAGUGCAAUCAGGUCAAGAGUGGGGGGCGCAAGUGGGAGAGGAGGACGAAGGGGAGCAGGAGCAGCAGCAGGAGCAAGCGGGUGUUAGUCCAGUGAGAACAGUCAACGAGGAGACGGGAAUUGAUCACGUGGGAGGAGGAGGAGGAGGGGUUACCCACUCACCAACCCUAAACGGCACAUCCAGCAAGCGCAGAACGACAAGGAGAAAACGAAGGAAGGGCAGCAGUAGCAGAAGAAGAAGACAGCUGUUGCCACCCCUGUCGGAAACCUGCGACCUGUAUACAGGGGAGUGGGUGAAGGAUUUUCAACACCAUCCGCUGUAUUCAGGCAGCACGUGCCAGUUCCCCCUGCCCCACUGGACGUGCCGUCGCAAGGAUUGCCCCUCGUUUCUGUACGAGCAGUUCAGAUGGCAGCCGGAGGGGUGCCGAGUCCCUCAUUUCAAUCGCACUGAGCUCAAAGAACGUCUGCGCAACAAGAAGGUGGCAUUUGUGGGCGAUUCAGUGGGCCUGCAGCAGUUCUUCUCCUUCCUCUGCCUCAUCUCCCCCACACCACGCACCCACGAGCCGUACAUCGAGUCGCGAGACAGCGAUUACAAGUUCAACUGGACCACCGGCUGGCGCGGAUGGCAGGGUUCCGCCUACCGUUUCCCCGAAACCAACACCACGGUGCUGCUCAAGUGGACCACGUCGCUGUGCCACGUGGCGCGCAAGGAUUGGGCGAACGAGUCAACGGGGCAGGCGGCUCACCUGGACCAACCGGACGAGUUUUUGAGGCAGCACAUGGAGGAGAUGGAUGUGAUUAUAAUGAAUACGGGGCACCACUGGAAUAUCAACAAGAUGCAGGAGUACGGGUGGCACUUCCAUUUAGGAGGCAUCCCAGUCGCCCGGGAGACACACAAGCAGAUGGAGGGCGACUUCAACGUGCCCAUGCGCACCGUGCUGCGCUCGACAGCCAUGUGGGUGCACCGCCACCUGCAGGAGAUGGCUGAGGAGCGAAAAGGCAAGGGAGAGGCGAGGGAGCAUGCUUUUCAGUAUUUUCCUCCCACCUCCACACCCGCCCUCUGCUGCCCUCCCCUCAGCAACAAGAUGCAGGAGUAUGGGUGGCAGUUCCACCUACAUGGGGUCCCGGUCCCCCCACAGACACACAAGGCAAUGGAGGGCGACUUCAACGUGCCCAUGCGCACCGUGCUGCCUCUGCGUUCCCCCUCAUCCCCCAUCCCCCCUUGUCCUCAGCAACAAGAUGAAAGAAUAUGGGUGGCAGUUCCACCUAGGCGGCAUACCAGUUCCUCCAGAGACACACAAGGAGAUGGAGGGCGACUUCAACGUGCCCAUGCGCACCGUGCUGCGCCUUCGUUCCCUCCAUCCCCUCCCUCUCCCACCAUUCUCAGCAACAAGAUGCAGGAGUACAGGUGGCAGUUCCACCUUCAGGGGGUGCCGGUCCCUCCAGAGACACACAAGGAGAUGGAGGGCGACUUCAACGUGCCCAUGCGCACUGUGCUGCGCUCAACAGCCAUGUGGUGGAACACCGGAGGAGGGUGCGACAAGCUGCAGAGCAUGCUGACUCAGGAGGAAGCAGAGCGGUUGUACUUUCAAACACGGGAUUGGAAUGCAGAGGCAGCAGUGGAAGGUACGGCGGUGCAGCUGUUGAACAUCACGGCGCUGUCUGCCAUGCGUCCCGAGGCACACCUGUCCCGGUGGUAUGACAAGGACGGCAAGGCACCGGGGCAGCAGGACUGCGUGCACUGGUGCCUGCCGGGUGUGCCCGACGCUUGGAAUGAGCUGUUGUUCUGGGAGAUUGUGAGGAGUGGCCGAUUCCCCUUGCCUGGGGAAACGGGAGGGAGAGGGGAUAGGGGUGGUAGCACAGCAGUUUAA